AACGUAUAUUCUCUGAUUUAGGAAAAUAUCCAGAGGAGAGGAAAAAAAAAAAAAAAAAAAAUUCCCCUUCUCUCCAAUGGCGUUCUCUGCAAUUUCUACCCGUUGCCUUUUUUCUUCCUCUACCCCAGAACCCCCAUCAAGUUCUUCACCUCAAAACUCAGUUUCUUUUAGGUUUUCACAGUCAAAACUAAACGGUCGCAAACCCAUAUCGAUUCGAGCAGUUUCGGUUUCAGCUGCUCCUACAUCUGAGGGCACCACACCUGCGAUUUCGCUCACUGAUAAUGCACUGAAGCACUUGAAUAAGAUGAGGUCUGAUCGUAAUGAAGAUUUGUGCUUGAGAAUUGGUGUUAAGCAGGGUGGAUGCUCUGGCAUGUCUUAUACAAUGGAAUUUGAAAAUAGAGCAAAUAAGCGACCGGACGAUUCCAUCAUUGAAUAUAAUGGUUUUGUGAUUGUUUGUGAUCCAAAGAGCCUUCUUUUCGUAUUUGGGAUGCAGUUAGACUACAGUGAUGCUCUGAUUGGCGGAGGCUUCUCCUUUAAGAACCCAAAUGCUACACAAACUUGUGGCUGUGGUAAAUCCUUUGCCGCAGAGAUGUGAAAGUACAUGUAAAACAACUGAACUGGGAGUAAAAUAGAUUAUAUGUAAGAAUUAA